CGAUGAUUUCGAUUGCGAGUACAGGGUCGGAUCAGUCGCCAGAGUGCGUUUCGAGAACGAGGAACGGCCCAGGAGUUCUACCUGGGGCUCGUCGUCGGGGGUAAACCGCGUGAAUGGAAAAACUAAUCUCUACCCAACGAGAACCAUUCGCCUCCCAAGGGUUGUCGUAAGUCAAUACGAGGACGAUAAUAUAAUUCAGGAACAGAAAAGUGUCGAGGAUCCGGAGGUGAUCGAGGAGAAACGGGAUUGCGAGUCGACGAAGGAAGUGGAUCCAAUUGGUCUGGGAUCAUUCGAGGACAAGGAAUUGGUGAACGUUGUACAAAACCUGGUGACAUCGAGGUACAGUCCCAUUCUGUCUGGCGUGCAGAGAAGAUCGAGCAGACGCGCGUUAUGUCGCAGAUGCGAAUCUCCGAAGAAAAGGGACACAGUAGACGAUCCGAAGCUGGCGGAACCUAACGGAAGUGUGCCUGCGUCGGCGAAUACGGGGCCGGAAGUGAUCGAGGACGGAACACAGGAAAGAUUCCUGCGGCUUGAACCGACCAGAGGAAUCGUGGCCACGCGUAUACGUAAAACGAGCGUCUCGAUGCCGAGCAAUUUGGACGAAAUGGAGAAUCUACGAAUCGACAGGCAAAAGGGUACCACGUCCAAGUUCGCGAGAUCGGAGAGCGAGGACAGUAGCAGCGUGACGUUCAGCAACAGCGGCUCGACGCCAAAUGGAAGCCCGCUCGGGUCUGAGACCGAGGAGGAAGCGAACGACGAAGAGCUGGCGAAGGUUCCGUUGCAAGCUCCUCCGCGACGGAAAACCAGAGGCGUGUCGCCGAUGAUGAAUCAGAAGUUAGGAACAGACCAGCUGGAGCUACCGGGCGGGCAGAGCGCGAACUCGACCAUCACCAGCGUGAACAGCAUCAGCAGUUUACUGAAGGAGAAGCUGCAGCUGUCUCUUCCUCAGGCGAUGCGCAGCAGCAAGAAGCGACAGAACGCGGACUAUCGACUCCGAGCAUUCGUCGGUAUACUGUUCCUCUGCGUGGUCUUCCUCGUCGGGUUCGCGCACAUCUAUUACACCCAGCACGUUCUCCAGCGAGCCUACUUCGACAAAUUUAGAUUCAAUAAAAACGAACGUGUGAUGCACGUGUACAGCAGCACCGGCGCAGAAGUGAUCGCCGCGCGACUAGGCGAGGGUAUACCCGCAGAGACCGGUGUGUUCCCAUGUCUGCCCCAUCAUCAGAAGCAGGACACAGUUUGCCUCGAGUGGCUCCAACAGACGCGUCUCUAUCUGGCGCACGCGGAACACGGUGACAUGCAUUGCUACCACGUCACCUGGCAGAGUCUGAACCCGAAUUACAAUCCCACCGAUUGCUUCGACUGGUCCUCGAAACGGGGACACUGGUACGGUGCCGGGCAGGUCCAGAACAUGCGAUAUCCCCUCGAACGUGGACGUCUCGAUCUGAGCCCGUUCAUCACCGGCGACAUCGCGAAGCAUCCGUUCGGAAACGUGCUGAAACGAUACUUUCUGAACUCGAAAGGCGCGACGAUACUGGUCGAUCCGGCGACCCCACUUUACGUGUCGAUCAACGCGAAUCGUACGAACGACUUCUGUCUCCAGGCGAAACACGACGCGUUCGCGUACAUCAAUCGUCUGACGCCUAUGCCGCAACUGAACUACACGAUCUGCGCGACCGACAACAUGAAGAACCUUCACUCCUCCAUGGCGGAGAAAUCGUUAUGGGACGGUCUGAAGCCGGACGAGCUGCACGCUGUUCAUUCGUUACUCUCCGAGCCCGUGUGGCAGAUCGCGCCCACAAACGAGGCGGCGAUUUAUAAUUACACCGAGGACGUGAUUGCGCUCGGCUUCCUCCGUCAGGGGCACGUACUGCUGAGCGAGGAAUGGCAGCCGAGCAUGGGUGACUUUGUGCUGGACGAGGAACGAUUCCCCUCUAUGGAGGAGACGAUCAACAUUAUCCAUCGUAGAGGCUUCAGGAUCGUGUUCACCAUACAACCGUUCAUAUCCACCGAGUCUGUAAACUUCAGGGACGCUGUUAACAACAGGCUGUUGAUAUCCGAGAGAGGAAGCGACCCGAGGAUACCCGCGUUGACCAGAUACAAACUGGAGAACAGCGUGGGCGUUCUAGACAUCACAAACAACAAGACCCUGCCUUGGUUGCACACCAAGCUCGAGAGUCUGAUAAUGAAGUACCACGUGGACUCGUUUUAUCUCGAUCUGGGCACCGCCCAGGACAUGCCGCAUUAUUACAAGUGCGAGCAACCGUUGACCAAUCCGGAUCAUUACAAGACCCUGUUUACGAAAGCGAUCCUGGGCUCUGUCCCCGUGAUCGGUGUCUCCGGCGCGAUUUCCAGGCCCCGUGCCCCGGUUUUCGUCUCGCUGCCGCCGUUCUCGUCCUCGUGGAAGGCCAUCAAAACUGUGAUCCCGACCGUGCUCACAUACGGUAUGAUCGGUUAUCCGUUCAUCAUGCCUGGCGCGGUGGGCGGUGACGUGGCUCUGCCAAUGUCCGACAAUAAUCCGGACAAUGAUUUCGAGGUCAGUCUGCCGGACAAGGAACUUUAUAUCAGAUGGCUGCAGUUGUCCACGUUCUUGCCGGUGAUACGAUUCACCCAUUUGCCCAGCAAAUACUCCGACGAGUCGGUCCUCGAGAUAGCCAAGAGGCUGACCACGCUCAGACAGAAAACAGUGACACCGUUGCUGAAGAAAUACGCGAAGGAAACACUGGACACAGGCCUGCCUAUAAUCAGACCGUUAUGGAUGCUCGAUCCAGCGGAUCCGGCCUGUCAUGUGGUCGUCGACGAAUUCUCCGUCGGGGAGGAGCUGAUAGUCGCGCCUGUCCUUUAUUCGGGUAGCAGACAGAGGGAGGUCUAUCUGCCCGCUGGGGUCUGGAGGGACGGGAUCGACGGUAGCCUCAGGAAAGGAUCCAGAUGGAUACACAAUUACAGAGUAGCGGAGGACAAGGUCGCGUAUUUCGUGAAGAUGCCCGACAACACGAGAUUCUAAGCAAGAACAGAACCGACAUUUUCGAGUCGCGCUCGAUGGAACGACAACUGAUGCCGGGGGUCUACGAUAGUCGGGUGCAGAGUUGCUGGCGAUAGCACCUCCAUACCAUGGAACUUGGCGAAAUUUUUUAGAGAUCCAAGGGUUUUGUCUCGCGUAAACAUGCCAUGUGCGCCCUGCACAUCGUGUGGUGCUUAUUGGUACUAAUCCGUGACGACGUCAUUAUAUGAAUAAAUAUACACAAAACAUUUAAUACAAAUGUACACGGAGUCCCAAAAUAUCUUCGACUCCCGGAAAUGAG